AUGCAGCGCCAGAUUGACGACAAGGCCAAGUCUCAUGCGGAAGUUGCACGUCGCUUAAAGGAGCUUCAAGAGCUGCAAGAAAGCUGGCGUGGGAAGAUGCUGGAGACGGCUCUCACAACCGCACGGCAGCUGCUGUGUUGGACCAGCUCUGUUGGAAGCACUCGCUACUGGCUGGAGAGCGUAGCUGGGCUGACGGAGAAGUUCCGUAAGGAUCUCAAUAUUGGGAUCCAACAAGCACUGAGCCGAGCCAUCAUUGAGAUCCUGCUUCUUCGGAGCGGCAUCGAAAAGAAUCCGGGCCCAGCUACACCUUCACCGCACUCGAACCUGGAUCAGGGAGAGGAUGACGAUAGAGCGGACGUCCCCAUUGGACAGCGUGGCCAAAGGACUGCCGCUGCUGCUGACGGCACUCCAUCGUCGCGCUCGCAAGGGACUCCCCAAGAACCUGAACCUCAGGGCCCGCCGCGAAAACGGAAGCGGAAUCAAGCGAGGGGGGGGGCAACCGGGGCUCCGGUGAGAAGGACAUCAGGUCGGGGGGGAAGCGCCGGAGCUGCUUCAGGGAGAAGUCGGCGGGGUGGGCGGAGAGCGGGCACUAGCGUACUCGACGGGAUCGCGGCGGAACCACCGGGCAUGCAAUCAGGCAUACCGGGCACCAGUCGGGAGGAGCCGGAGACCCGGGGCCCUGCCGAAGGGAACGAGCAGGCUUCCGGGGAAGAAAACCAGGGGUCGGAGAACGCUCCAGAUGCCCCGAGCGGAACCGGAGUGCCCGGUUAUAUGAGCCACGCGGAGCAAUUGGCGCAGGCUAAUUGGACGGCGGCAAUCAUGAAGGUGGAUGAGCUGAAGCCCAAGAGCUACAAAGACUACAUUCGAGCGUUGAAGACAUACAAGUCUUUCGGAGUUGUCAACAACUUCGUGAAAGGCAUGCAAUUCUUUGCGCUCGUCCAAGACAAUCUGGAUGGCAUCCACGAGCAGUCGUGCGACGUCCGCGCUAUUCCCACCAUGCAACAGCUCCUAAAAGCUGCCCAGCUGAACACAGGGCGAAAAAAAAUCCGAACUUGCGCCGACCGUCAAGCUGGGACCGAGUCGGAUGGCUACACGGCAGAGGAAAAGUCGCGGCUGUGUCGGGCCUGGCUCCAUGCUGCUUGUCCCAACACCAUUUUCAAUGAAGGCGAUGAGGUCGGACCAGCACAUCAACACACUACAAUGAGGGGCAUGUUUCUUGCUUCGCACCAAUUCGUCCUGCGAGGCGACGACGGACGCAGCAUCGACCUUCCAGAUCUGUACUGCAAGAAGUUCACCAAUGUGGGACCGGACGUUCCUCUCUUUGUGGGCGGGGUCAGCUACUGCGGCAAAACGAACAAGAACGGGCGGCUCGAGUAUUUUGGGGGCUUCCGCCAUACGAACGUGGAGGAGUGCGCCGUCGGUGCUGUGGCGUUCCAGCUUUUCCAAACGUUCCAUAUCCUGUUUCCGGAGCCUGGUUCCUUCCCGGAUUUCAGCUCUAGGGCUGCCUGGUACAACAAGUUUCCGCUCUUCUACGAGGACGACAACAUCUUUGAGAAGCUGGAGUACGACACCCAGCUCAAGCACUUCAAGGCCAUGUUUCAGCAUGAGCAGGUGGUGAGCAGCAAGAUUACCCACGCGCCACGUGGGUCCUCCGUCCGGCACGCCGAAGAUAAUGGAGGGAAAGAGGGAGAGAGCGCCCGCCUUGGACGCUGGAUCUACGACCACUUUCGGACGUCCUACCUGAAUCAGCUGCCAGUUGGUGCCAUGCUCAUCAACGCCGGGUCUUCGGACGACCGGAAGGCCUACGUCCUGAAACGCGGGCGCGCUCGGCCCGAGACCAACUAUCCAGACCUGGCGACGAAGAUCUUUCCGUGGGCGGAAGAAGCGCUGGCGUUCGUUAAGAACAAGAAUCUUACGCGGCCCGCGGCUGAGCGAGACAUUGCCGCACAGCGCUUCAUCGAGCUGCUCAUCGAGCUACGGGCGGUCAUUCUCCAGGACGUCGCCGAGCUCCAGAGUUUUGAGAAGUACCUCGGUCACCCCAUCAUCUACCACUCCAUUUUCGAAGGCGAGGACUGGGACAAGUUCGCGGCAGAGGUGUUGGAGGGAUGCAACUCACCGGAAGCUCCGCCUCAGCUUGUGAAUCUGCCGCCUGAGGUAAUCUCACUUCUUCGAGACCAUCAGGCACUGCUGGCCGGGAUCCAACGAGAUGUUCGCGACUGCAAGGAGAAGGAACGAGCGGGCUUCAAGCAGAUUGCGGAAUUGACGCAGGAGGUGGCGGGGCUUAGACGACUCCUUCAGGACUCCAGCACCAGCCAACGUUUUGGGGCAAUUCCGAGCCCCUCCUCGUCUGCGGAACGUACGGCUUCAACUGACGCGGACCGCAACCAACCUGCUGUACGAAGAAGCCCUCCGACCUUUUUCGCUCGGCCCCCGAGCUCAUCGGUUGCGGCAGCAACACAGGCUGCGUUAAGAGCAGCCGCACGAGCGGCCGCGUGCUCGGAGAGAGCGCCAACGGACGGCCAGACACCGGAAGGGACCGCUGCAGACAGCCGCGCACCGGCGGGGGCAUACGCAGAUAACCGCGCUCUAGCCGGGAGAGCCACGGACAGCCGCGGUUCCAUCGGGGGAGCGGCGGAUAGCCACGCACAGGCGGGAGCGUCUGAGGACAGCCGCGCAUCGGACGGGGCAGCUGCGGACAAUCACGGACCGGCGGGGGCGUCCGCGGACAGCGGCGCUCCAGUCGGGAGACCGGCGAACAGCCGCGCUUCGACCGGGGAAACAGCGGAUAGCCACGCACAGGUGGGAACGUCGGCGGACAGCCGCACGCCGGACGGUAGAGCUGCGGACAGUCACGCACAGACGAAGGCUUCCACGGACAGCCCCUUACCGGACGGAGAAACUGCGGACACCCGCAAACCGGACGUGGUCGUUCCGGACAGCCCCACAUCGGACGGGGCACUUGCGGACAGUUACGCACCGGACGGGGGGCUCGCGGACAGGUGCGCACGGCCGGGCGCAGUCGCCACGAACGGCAACGCACCGGAACGGACGGCUGCGGACAGCCACGCACCGACGAGGGCGUCCGCGAACAGCCGCGCACCGGACAAGGGAGUCGCGGACAACGGCGCACUGGCGAAAGCGUCCGCGAACGGCCACGUGCCGGACAGGGGAGCUGCGGACAGCCGUGCACCAGCGGGGGUGUCCGCGGACAGCCGCGCAACGGACGGGGAAGCUGCAAACAGCUGCGCACCGGCGAAGGCGUCCGAGGACAGGCACGGACCGGACAGGGGAGCUGGCGACAGCUGCGCAGCGGUUAGGGGAGCCACCGAUAACUGCCGAUCGGACGCGGACGCCACGAACGGCGGCACACCGGCAGCGGCGCCGACCGCGCACGAUCGCGCACCAGACGACAAUGCAGCGAACAGCGGCGCAUCAGGCAAGGGGCCUGCGAACGAACACGCACAGGAGGAGGGAGUGGCGCACGACUACAUGCCGGAAGACAGGGCCGCCGCGCGGGAUUCUGUUAGGGUGCGGUCCACUGCUGACGUUCUUCCCAAAUGGGCGUCAGAAUACACGAUGGGAAGACAUUACAAAUCUGUAGCUGAAUACUGGCAGGAAUGGGCACAUGGCAAGCCAGGCUGGCCGCUUCCCUUGAGAGAGAUAGAAGAGAUGUAUGGUUGUGCUUGGAGGAAAGGCAGGGCUAACGAGAUAAGGUAUUUCUCGAAGUUUCGCAAAAUUUGCGUGAUCAUAGAGGACGUCAUCCGAAAAGAUAGGGCCUCACAAGCGGAAGCCUGUAAGUGA